UGCGUGGGAGAAAAAUAUAUGAAUGUAUAAGUUUUGUAACAUAGUAACAUCAUAAUUAGUGAGUAGUGACUAGUGAGCGCUGAACUCUGUUGACCCCAAACCAAGAAAAAUCUUCAAUUCUACUACCAGAACUUGAUUCAUCUCCAUUCUCCAUGAUUAUAGACUGGGAGUUAAAGCAAUUAGCAAACAGAGGAGAUGUGAAGCUUUUCAGAAAAUUCCUGUCUAUUAAAGCUACCCACUACUUUCUCGCCUCCGAUCGUGAAGGCAACAUCUUCCACAACGCCACCCGUAGUGUUUCAAGUAUACCAUUCCUCAGAGAAGCUAUCCAUAGAUUGCCAACUCGAGAGUUACAAAUCCUCCUUUCUCACCAGGAAAGUUUCAGGGAUUGGAACCCUCUUCAUUUAGCUGCAAUCUGGGGAAAUCUUGAGAUGAUUCAGCUAAUGCUGAGUGUGUAUAUAAAACAGUCAUCGUCGUCAUCGCCAUCUCCAUCUCCAUUGCCAUCUUCUUCUUCUGGUGUUCAUGUUGUGGUACAGUAUCCUCCAGGAGGAAAACCAUGGUUAGCACGUGCUAAAGAUGGGAGAACUCCCCUGCAUUUGUUCCUUGAAUAUAAUGAAGAGGAAUGUGGGUUGGAAAUACUGUUUAUGGAUAUGAAAUUGUUGUCUUCUGUGGUUGACAAUCAUGGGAAUAGCCCUCUGUUUCUUGCAGUAUCAAAUGGGUUCAACAAAUUCGCUCUCAAUAUCUUGCGCUCCGACUUCGGUUACAGUGUUAGUGGCCGCGAUGGUUUCAAUCCGUUUCAUGUUUCCUCUAAAUGCUCAAAAGAAGUAUGGAGUUUGCUACACAAGAAGCACCCAGAACUCCUGCACGUAGUUGGUGCAAACGGGACCUCAGUGCUCCAUGAAUGGGCAAAGGAAGGAAAACUACGACCUCUCAUAUUACUACAACAGGUUGACGACACUAACAGUUUAAAGUCAUUAAACUUGUUAAGAAACAUUGAUGGUGAUAAUCCUCUUCUUGUUGCGGUAAAAAAUGACAACCAAGAGUUUGCAUUUUGCCUUGUGGAAAAUUCUAGAGUUUCAGAUAUCCCAAUAUGGAGAUACGAAAACAAACACGAAAUUACAGCUCUUGAUGUGGCGCUAGAAAAAGGUUGGGAACGUCUUGUUUUACAUUUCAUUUCAAAGGAUUCUUGGAAUUAUAAAGAGCCUGUUAGUCGUUGGCAGAGACGGCUCUUAAUCGCUGUCCAAAAGCAAAUGGGUCAAGUAGUUAACAAGAUUUGCAACGCUGCUCUGGAGUUGAUUGCUGCUCAAAACUUUUCACAAUCAUCCACUACUGUUGAAAACUUCGAUGGCCAGGCUAUCUUCUACAUCAUGACACAUUGCACAGAAGAAGUAUGGAGGCUGUUGUACAAGAAACAUCCAGAAAUCGUACAUGUAACGGGUGAAAAUGGAACUUCAAUGCUCCAUGAGUGGGCAAAAAAAGGCGAACUAUGGCCAAUUUUAUUGCUAGAAGAGGUUGACAUCAACUCUCUCCAAAAAUUAAGCCUUAUAGCAAACGACGAUGGUGAUAUCCCUCUACAUAUUGCUGUUCACAAUGACAACGAAGCUUUUGCAUUAUGCCUUGUGAAAAAAUGUAGGAUAAGAGAUUCACCUCAAUGGCAAUUCCAAAAUAGAGAGGGAAUUACUCCUUUUGACAUGGCUCUGCAUCAUCAUUUUGAAAAUUUGGUGUUGCAUUUUAUAUCAAAGGAUUCUUGGAUUUAUAAAGAGCGUAAUGGUAGAGGGGAAAGUCGACUCUUCAUCGCUGUUGAAAAAGGAAUGGAUCAAGUUGUGCAGAAGAUUUGCAGAUAUGUUUCUGCAGACUCUACACAAUCAGUUAUUGUUCCUACUGAGAAUCACGAUGGCCGAACCAUCUUUUACGUUCUGUCGAGUUGCAGAGAGACGACUGCUAAGUUGUUGCUAAAGACGUUUCCAUAUUUGAUCAAUAAGCCUGACCAGAACGGAAAAAGGCCGAUCGACAUAGCGUCCGAAUACGGUGCCGGGUGGCUAACCAAGUUGUUGAUAACAGAAGACCCUUCGUCAGUAGCAAUUUCUCCAAAUGUAUGGAUUGGAUUAUGCAGAAGAGGCCACUUAGAAUCUAUUGAAGCCUUCAUAACAUGUUAUGACGAUUUUAGACAACUCUGUAUCGAACAAGAAGACUCACCCUUACACCGUAUCAAGCUGACUACUUACCAAGAAUAUGAGAAAUUUCUAGCAAUUCCACUGAUUUGGGAGAUGAAAAACAGACGUGAUUAUGAUGGUAAAACGCCUUUGCAUCGAGCACUCGAACGUGAAGAUAUACUGUUUGCAGAAUUACUACUCCACAAAGGCGUUAAUCGUAGUAUUAGGGACAAAAGACAUAAAACCCCUGCCACAAAACUGCUAGCAGAGCUAUGUGACCAUUAUUACGAAUGGGAAGAGAUGGCUCAACGGGUGGGGAUUAAUCCACGGCUACGAAAUUUGGGAUCAUCAGCAGGAGAAAUGCGAACUACAUUAUCGGUAGUGGCCGCUUUACUUGCAACCCUUACAUUCGCAGCAGCAUUCACCGUCCCUGGUGGCUUUGACCAAAGUAGCGGAGAAAUCAUUCUAGUAAGAAAAGCGUCGUUUUUGGUAUUCAUACUUGCAGACACAUAUGCAAUGUGUUGUGCCAUGUUCGUGUUGUUUUGCCUCAUAUGGUCUAUGAAUUGUGAUCAAGAUGAGUCACAACUACUAAUUGAUCGAAGCGUGUUAGUACUAAUCCAAUCUUUUUAUGGAACAUUAAUGGCGUUUAUGACUGGAGUUUACACUGUCGUACACCACAAAUCAUUGUGGGCUGCCAUUAUUAUCUGUGUUAUGUGCUCACUCGUUGGGAUUUCAACUAAUAGGAGCAUUUUGUUCAGAGUUCUUGAUAAAUUGGACAGGAAAGAUGAAGCUCGGUCAAAGAACAAGAUAUGGGAACAAGUGGAAAAUAAGCUCACACAACGAAAAGGAUUUUUCUAUAACAGGGGAAACUCGGACAGAGGUGAUCCUCUUGCAAUUGUGUAAAUCGUGGAGAUUAUAUAAAGAAUCCUAGUGUUAUUAGGAUAUAUAGUUAGUUGUAUCGUUUUGUACAAUAUAAAGUAUUGUGUACAUGGUUAUUUCUUAGGGAAGUCUUAAUUUAUACUAGGUAUACCAUUGAAAUGGUAUACUAAUAUUCUGCAUUUUUAUUUAGUAUCAAAUCACAUAUUUUGGUACAAGAAAAGUAAUUGUAUUUUCUCAUGUGAUACCAAACAAUAUAGUUUGGUAACGUGGUUUUAUUUUUGUUUGGUUCUAAACAACAUGGUUUGGUACUAACAAGUCAAAUAUAAAUGUUAUUUUUCG